GGUAGCGAGCGGUCGCCAUAUUGGAAAAGCCGUUUCUGAAGGCUUUGGGCAUCGGCGAAUUCGUCCCUUAUGCUCUGGCCGAUUGCACCGAAAUCAUGUAAUCACAACACGAUCUAGUUCUAAUAGUAGCGUGGGAUCCCAAGCAGGCUUCAAAUCAUGAAGAAGCUAUUUUUUUCUAGCGGGAAUAGUGAUAUCCAGAGCUCUUUUGUGGGGAAAAUUUACAGCAUCGGGCGCUUUCACUGCACCGUUGAGGAAAUUAUCGCUGAAGGUGGUUUUGCACUCGUGUUUCUUGUUAAGACUCCCCAAGGGCAGAGACUAGCAUUGAAGAGAGUCUCUGUAAACAAUAGCCAUGAUCUGGAUAUUUGUAAGCAAGAAAUUAGCAUUAUGAAAUUAGUGAGUGGACAUAAAAACACCAUCCGGUUCAUUGACUCCAAAAUUCUGCAAACUAGUCCUGAUAUCUUUGAAGUCCUCAUCCUCAUGGAAUAUUGUAAAGAGGGACAUGUUGUGCAGCUUAUGAAUGAGAGGAUAAACACUGGUUUUAGUGAAUCACUGGUGCUCAAGAUAUUUACCGACGCCUGUGAAGCAGUAGCCCUUCUCCACCAAGCCAGCCCCCCCGUUAUACAUAGAGAUCUCAAGGUUGAGAACAUCUUGUGUAGUGACAGGCGGGAUUUUGUUCUGUGUGAUUUUGGCAGUGCAACCAGGAAGGACACAGACCCCCAGGCUGAUGGGGUGACCCAUGUGGAAGAAGAGAUUCAGAAAUACACAACGUUGCCAUACCGUGCACCUGAAAUGGUCGACUUGUAUAGUGGAAAAAUCAUAUCUACCAAAUCUGAUAUUUGGGCCCUUGGUUGCCUUUUGUACAAGCUGUGUUUUUUCACACUGCCAUUUGGGGAGAGUCCGUUGGCGAUACAGAAUGCACAGUUCACAUUCCCAGAGAAUUCUCGCUACUCCAAGGGUCUUCACAGCCUUAUUAGUUAUAUUCUAGACCCCGACCCAGACACCAGGCCGGACAUUUACCAAGUGUCAUUCGAGGCAUUCAGAUUACGCGGUCAGGACUGCCCAGUGCUCAAUGUAAAUAAAUCUUCCGUUCCACAAUUUCUUCCGGAGCCGAAGCAGAAACCAGAUGUAGUUGAUAAAUCCCGUACAGCAAGGUUACGGGACGGUCCUGUUACCACGUCACUCACCCCUAGACAACGCCCAAGAGCUGCUGGCCAGGCUGCCCCCCUCGGACAAAUCUCCAGUCCUCGGCAGAACAGAAAAGAGUUCGCAGCAACCCAAGGGUCUUCCGCAGAGGUCCAAAAUAACCUGGUGGACGUCGGGAAUCCCGACCAGGCAAGAAGGGCGCUUAACAUAAAUAGUGGCCCUAGAGGGCCCACACAGUCUGUACCUACAAACUAUGGGACCACGUACCAGCAGCAGCAAUAUUUGCAGCAACAGCAGUAUCAGCAACAGAGACAACGUGAACUACAACAACAACAACAACAACAACUUCAGCAGCAACAACAACAACAACUUCAGCAGCAACAACAACAACAACUUCAGCAGCAACAGCUUCAAAGGCAGCGCGAGCUUCAACAACAACAACAACAACAGCAACAACAGCAGUUGCAGAGGCAGAGGGAGCUUCAGCAACAGCAACAUUUGCAACAACAACGUCAACUGCAACAGCAACAACAGUACAUAGAGCAAAAAAUCCGCCAGCAACAGCUUGCACAUCAGCAGUAUACGAACCAGCAACAGCAGCAGAUACUAUAUCAACAACAACAACAGUUACAACACCAGCAACAACAACAACAGUUACAACAACAACAACAGUUACAGCAACAGCAGCGGUUACCACAACAUCACCUUACGCAGCAACAGAACCCAUUUUACCAGCCUCCUGGGACAGCACCUGUCACGUCUGCCGUCAGGUCCCACCAAGGUCCUGUGAAUACCCAGGGUGCUCCCCUUGGGGCCUCGGUCCCUGCGUCAGCCCCUGAGAUGGGGAACCAGCAGGCAGAGGAACACCUCAAGCCUUGGCAUCCCACCCACGUGCGCUCUCGCUCAGACCCACGACCCGCCAUGCAAGGUGCUAAAGCUUAUCAAUUCCCUGCUCCGAGUCACCAUCGUUGCCCAAGUGACCCUGCCCUGUCCCAUAAUGACCCCGCGCCCCUCGUGGAGAUCGAUACCCCUUCGGACUCGAACUCCGAACAGUGGAAUCCGUUUAGUCCUUUUUAUGUAGCCAAGGAGACGGAAAUGCCCAGGGCCGUUGCUGGUGAUGGUGGUGAUGAUGACGAUGACUUUGCAUCAUUAAGAGCAGAAAAACCUGUAGCUUCUUGUGACGACAUUCUGGUUGAUUUUUCCAAUGACCAAAGGCCCGGCCCUGGCAGAGAUCUGUUCGGAGUCAAGACAUUUGAACCGCUAGCAGAGGAGAGUGAAGGAUCCAAUGGCUCCCCAGUUGACAAAAUUGUGAAUCCAUCAGCAGAUCAACGCUUAUUGAUAUCCCCUGAUCGGUUCUCUCCAAGUCAAGAAAAGACAAAUCCAUUCCUCUUUUCUUCUAGUACUAACGCACAUCGAAGUGUUCUAAACUCGAUUGACAGCGAAGUGGAAAGUCCUGAUCACCAGAACUAUAAUCCCCUCACUCCGCCUGUCUCGCCUCCCGAACGUGACCAGCCUCCCCCGUCGCCGAGCUCUAGUGAUCCGUUUGGUUCGGCGCCUUUCUUAGUUCAGGGGGGUGCCGCGAAGGCUACGUCUCCGGACGUGUUCGGCUCAGCGCCAUUUGAGGUGACGCCCUCUUUGAAAGAGAAGACCAAGCAACCGAACUCUAAUGACGUGUCCAUCCUCAGUGACGGGCCGCCUAAAGCUGGAAGUGAGCCUGCGCCACAAAAAGGGCUGGAAUUUAGCCCUUUUGGGACGGACUUUGCUAGUAACAGCGUUAGCUCACGUGGUCAUGACUCGGAUGAUAACCCAUUUGAGCUUGACUCCACCUUAACCGCACCCUUUACCGCUACUGAUCGACCAAACCGCAAGGUUGAGUCAGGGUUUGUUAACCCGGCGCUGGACUCCGUGGAUGCCGCGCUUGCCGACCCCUUUACUAGUGCUCCCUUCGUACCCCCCAAGGGGAAGAAAAUAACGCGUAGAAAUGCCUCCAAGGACGCGUCACAGGGAACCACAGGGAGACCACGCCGCUUGUUGCCCCAGGCCCCUGUAGGGGGGCCAGUGACCGUUAGUGUAACUGCGACUGGACCGGGGCGAGGUCCGAUCGUACGUGUGACAACGACGACGGUCCAUGUUGUACCACGUGCUAGAAACCCCGACAACGCGGCGCAUGCGCAGAGGUGAAAGCCGACUGUGCCUGAGCCUCCAUUUUGGUUCAGCGGUAAAAAGCAUGAGGAACAAGAAGAUGUCUGCUGGCGGCGCUUCAGAUAUUUGGGGGGGGGCUAUGAUCAAGCUAACGCAAGGGAGGGAGGGGUGGGGAGGUUUAGCUCAGCGAUUUGUUAAGUUCGCCGUCGUUGAGUGAUGGCCGGGCAAGUCGAAUUUUUUAAUCACUUUUUUAAACUUCGGAUGGAGAUGUUGCACAAGAAAGGGAAAGAAUAUAAACGUGUAUCGGAACCAGGUCUCCGCGGGCUGAGCCCCGGUCUGAGUUCUCAGGGAGGAGAGGGAGGGGGAUCUCUAGUGGCAAUUUUAAGCUCACUUUAUUUCAUAGUACUUGAUGUGUCCGUGCAGAUUUCUCCCCAACGAGUCCCUAGGGCGCACGCACUUAGAUGUUGUUUCGCGGCGUGUUUGCCUUUUGAUGACAAAAUGCCCGAUGGGAAAGGCUGAAAGGGGAUAGUGUGAUGCUAAAAUGUCCCUGAGUUCCACGCCUCAUCAGGUCACGUGAUCUCACCAGCAUGGCUGUGACAAUGGUAAUUGAUGACGUACUGCCAAUAGUCACGCCUCUUCAGGUCACGUGUUCUCAGCAUGACUGACUAUGGUGAUUGAUGACGUACUGUUAGUAGCCACGCCCCUUCAUGUCACGUGUUCUCACCAGCAUGGCUGUAACUGGUAAUUGUUGACGUACUGUCAGUAGCCAUGCCUGGCAAAUUGCGUUACAAAUUCUUGUAAUUUCUAAUAUAAAAAAUACGGUUAUUGAAUAAACGAAUCGAACUUUGA